CUCUCCCUCCGCUUUCAACACAGCCCUUUGCUCUAAUACCAAUGGCUUUUCACAUUCUUCCUCUUCUCUUGUUCUCACUGCUCUCACUUCAAUCCAUCCAUUCUUCCCCUACACCAUCAACUCAAGACCCUGAGCUAGUAGUACAAGAAGUCCAAAGGAGCAUCAACAAUAGCACAAGAAGGAAACUUGGUUACUUAUCAUGUGGCACAGGAAACCCAGUAGAUGACUGCUGGCGGUGUGACCCAAACUGGGAAAAAAACCGGCAGAGGCUAGCCGACUGUGCAAUCGGCUUCGGCAAGAACGCAAUGGGUGGCCGAGACGGCAAAAUCUAUACUGUCACUGAUGCCAGUGAUGAUGAUCCUGUAAACCCUAAACCAGGCACUCUUCGAUACGCCGUCAUUCAAAACGAGCCACUCUGGAUCAUAUUCCAGCGUGACAUGGUGAUCAAGCUAAAAGAAGAGCUCAUUAUGAACUCAUACAAGACUAUUGAUGGCCGUGGUGCCAGUGUGCACAUCGCCGGCGGGCCCUGCAUUACAAUUCAGUACGUGACCAAUGUGAUUGUGCAUGGGAUUCACGUGCAUGACUGCAAGUCUGGGGGGAAUGCUUACGUGAGGGACUCGCCGGAGCAUUAUGGGUGGCGCACAGUGUCGGACGGAGAUGGGGUUUCGAUCUUCGGAGCUAGCCAUGUUUGGGUGGAUCAUUGCUCAUUGUCUAACUGCAAUGAUGGACUCAUUGAUGCCAUUCAUGGCUCUACAAGUAUUACAAUUUCUAAUAACUAUAUGACUCACCAUGAUAAGGUCAUGUUGCUUGGCCAUAGUGAUGCAUUGCUUUCAGAUAAGGCCAUGCAGGUUACUAUAGCUUUUAAUCAUUUUGGUGAAGGACUUAUUCAGAGAAUGCCAAGGUGUAGACAUGGGUAUUUUCAUGUGGUGAAUAAUGACUACACGCACUGGGAGAUGUAUGCAAUUGGAGGGAGUGCUGACCCCACAAUUAAUAGUCAAGGGAAUAGAUUUCUUGCUCCAGAUGAUAGAUUUUCUAAGGAGGUGACAAAACGAGAGGAUACAUCAGAGGAUGAAUGGAAGAAUUGGAACUGGAGAUCAGAAGGAGACAUGAUGCUAAAUGGAGCUUUCUUCACACCAUCUGGUGUCGGUGCAUCGUCUAGUUAUGCAAAGGCAUCAAGUCUAGGAGCCAGACCUUCUUCUCUUGUGGGCUCUAUAACUUUGUCUGCAGGUGUUCUUUCAUGCAAGAAGGGUUCAGUUUGCUAGCUGCAUUAGUCAAACUUCUACAACACAUACAUACAUACAUAUAUAUAUAUAUAUAUAUAUAUAUUUGUGAAAGAUUGCCAUGUUUUUUCUCGAUGCAUGUAUUUGCCAAUUCCAACCUCAAGGCUAUUGUUUCCUUAUUAACAAUUAUGUUUUAUAGGAAGCAAGUCAGGAAGUGUUGUGACUUUGAAGUUUGACAUAUAUAUAUUAAGUUGAUUUUCAUCCAA